UUGUUUGGCGUUGGGUAGAGAGAAACAAGAGGAGAGAGAGAGGGGGGUCAGGAAAAGAAAAUAUGGGUAAGGUAGUGGAGACGAAGAAGAAGAAGAAGAAAGGACGCCCCUCUCUUUUAGAUCUCCAAAAACGGAAUAUCAGAGAGCAACAGCAUCACCUCCACCGCACCUCCAACAAUUCCAAUUCCACUUCUGCCCCUCGUUCCAACCCUAUUUACACCCCUACUGCCCCUCCCACCACCACCGCCACCGCCACCGCCAACCACAACCAGCCUCCGCUCCGUCGAUCCACCCGCCGCAACCCCAACCCCGACGACGACGAGGAUGACGACGACGACUCCGACGGAAACGGCGGCGUUUCGGACGGGAAGCGCCGCGAGAAGAAACUCAAGCUGGUCCUCAAAUUGCCGAAAUCGUCCGCGAAUUCGGCGUCGGUGAAUUCCGGCGGGUCGGAGAAUGACGACGACGACAACGCCGCGUCGGAGAGCGGCAAAAAGCGGAAGAUCAAUGCUAUAGGGGAUGGAUCUGGGCUCGCUCACCCGCCAAAGGGCGACAAGUCGAUUCCUGCUACAAACCCCUCCUCAAGCACCCACCAAGGUGGGGCAAAGUUGGAUUCUGGACCCUCUACUCCUUUACCCAAUACAAAGCUGCUACUUUUCGUUCUUGAGCGGCUUCAAAAGAAGGACGCCUAUGGGGUGUUUUCUGAACCUGUGGACCCGGAAGAGCUUCCAGACUACCAUGAAGUAAUAGAGAACCCUAUGGAUUUUGGGACAGUGAAGAAGAAACUUACAAGUGGAGCGUAUGCCAGCUUGGAGCAGUUUGAGGAUGACAUUUUCUUAAUUUGCUCGAAUGCAAUGCAGUACAAUGCCCCAGAUACUAUAUAUUUUCGACAGGCGCGCUCCAUCCAUGAGCUUGCGAAAAAGAACUUUGAAAAUUUGAGGCAAGAUAGUGAUGAUAAUGAACCAGAACCCAAGGUCGUAAGAAGGGGUAGACCACCGACCAAAAAUCUGAAGAAACCACUUGGCAGGCCUUCCUUGGAGCGCGCUGGUUCAGAGUUCUCAGAUGCCACUCUCGCUACUGGGGCAGAAAAUGCCAUAUUGUCCAAUUAUGAUCGUUCACGAAGUAAUGAUGUGUAUACUAGUUGGUUGGCUGAUAACAAAUUUGAGAGGAAUGAUGACUUAACAGGUUCCAUGUUGAGAGGUAAUUCCAAGACUGGGAGAAAGCAGUUUGUAUUUGAUGAGAACAGGCGUAAUACAUAUCUACACUCUCAUCCCUCAGCUAAUGGACGAGAGUCAACCGUGUUGACUACAUUUGAUGGAGAAAGAAAACAGCUAAUGCCUGUAGGGCUUCAGUCAGAUGGUUAUGCAAGGAGCCUGGCUCGAUUUGCAGCGAAUCUUGGACCUGUUGCUUGGAGAAUUGCUGCACAAAGGAUCCAAAGGUCUUUGCCUGCUGGUGUUAAGUUCGGCCCUGGGUGGGUUGGUGAAAAUGAUGUUGCUCCUCAUAGGCCACUGGUAUUAGCCUCAUCCUCAAAAGAGCAGCCAUCUUCACCACAGCCCUUGCCCUUUCGUGCAAACUCGUCUUCUGCUACAAUAUCUUGCUCUAUUGAACCAAAUAAAGAUAAAUUAUCAGACAAACCUUCAGGUCAUAACUUGUCAGAGAAACAUGCCCCUUCUAUUUCUUCAGGGCCGGAUGACCAUCCAAGCAGUCCUCCCCCACUGUCUGCUGCCACCUCAUCAGAUCCCUUAGUUGCUAACAGAUCUCCUGAAUCCCGCACAGGAAAAGGAGAAACUGUUGAAGGAUCAAACUCUCGUGGUGGGAUUAAUAUGAUGAACAGUAAUCUUGGUGGAAUCAGGCCAAGGCCUCCUUUUCAGAUCCAUCGGACUCCUGAAAUACAACCUGGGGUGAAUGGAUUGAAUGGGACAUAUGGAUUAAACCGUCCUGCUCAGGUAGGGAAACAAGUUGGCGUGACCAGGCCUGGUGGCUUCAGCUUCCAAUCAUCUCAAAUGCUUGACCAAGUCUCCAGGACUAAUACUAACCUGACUCAUCCAGCGACUUCAAACAGCUUAAAUUCAGAAGAAACCAAGCCCUCUGACGAUCCAGGUACAAAGCAGUCUUCUGGUUCAUAUUCAAAUUCAGUGAAAAAUGAGUCAUUGCCAGCCCGAACAUCGGGGCUUCAUCCCCGGUCAUCUUGGCGAGGGUCAUCCCAACAGAUUAAACCUAAUCCAGGAUUCUCUCCGCAACAGAAGCCUGACUCAGUUCCACCAGAUCUGAACGUCAGAUUUCAGUCACCAGGGUCCCCUAGUUCUAGCCGGGCUGAUUCAACGCAGCCGGAUUUAGCAUUGCAGCUCUAAGAAUAAUUGAUUUUCCCCUCAUUUCAGUCUCCCCUUAAUUUUAAGUUAACCAUAUAGAGUGGUGUGGGUGAUUUACUUUCUCCUGGUGAUGAGAUCAUAGGGAUUGCUUUAAGGCACAGCAAAGCCGCACCUAAUUGUAUUGUAAAGUAGUAGGCUGUCCUUGUACAGAUUAAUGGAUCAGUCCUAAUUCUUAGGUCUAGAGGUAAAAGAAAGGUUUAAUUUGUAACACUGGGGACCAUGAUUUAGCGAGAACGCGUUCCCGGUGAUGUACCAUGUUUAUUUUACCUGUAAACUCCCUGCCUAUACCAAGGAGAUACCCUUGUUCCAGAUGAUGUCAUGUCCCUCUUAUUUAUAAAUUGUAUCAGUUUACAGGAAUAAAGUUUGUAUUAGAUCCAAGAAA